GACAGUACUUAAGUUGAUCUUAAAUAUAAGAUCUGACUAUGAAUACCGGCCUAUGAGUACCGGCCAUAGUCUAGUCUUAAAAAUAAGACCUGACUACGAAUACCGGCCUUAUUCUGAUCUAUACAUCAAGCCAACAAAGUUCUUUGAGCGCGCCUGCAUUUAUCUUCGAACUAGUUCAAUUUACAUGUGAUUCUUUGACAUAACCUCGUAAUUUCAGUGUCACACAUAACCUAGCGUAAAUUAAGAUGAUGCAAAACAAACCUCAGCCGCAAUUACUUAACGUAAAUAAAAUACCUGGGCAACCAAAAAGGCGAAAGAAAAUCACGCUGAUGUUCGACGAGAAGAAACGACGAGAAUUCCUGGGAGGGUUUCGCAAGAGAAAGCUGGAACGAAAGAAGAAAGCCCAGGAGCAAUUACAGCAACAAUUGAAGGAGGAACGGAAGAAAAUUAAGCAAGACGCACGAGAGCGUUACAAAAAAUUAGUAUCACAGCGUAGUAUCCCAGAAUUGGAAGAACUGUUAUCUCAAAAAGAAUAUGAUUUGGGAGGUCACACAGUCAGCAUCUUGGAACUAAAUGUUGCUGAUCUUACGAGAGGAAAUAGAUGGAUAGGCGAGAACAAGGUUACAGAGAAGGAAGAAGAGGAACAAGAUCAAGAAAGUGAACAUCCAGAUGAUGAUGGCGAUGAAAAUGACAAGAUUGUUGGGAUGUCAUUUCGGGUAAAGAAGAAUCUACAACAAGAAACUAAAUCAACUGACCAAGAGAUGAAAUCUUCGAAGGAAGUGAAGAGGGAGAUAAAAAAGGCAGCAUUGAAGCAAGUAAAAAAAAGUAAGGCUUUUCAGCAAAAGCAGAAGAUUGAACAGAUAAAGAAUAGGAAGCAAAGCAGACGGAAAUUGCACAGAAUUCAGAAGGUAGCACGCAAGCGCGGCAAACGGAUUGAGAGGAGAUCAGAGCGUUAGAAUUAAUUACUGACUCAACUAAUUAUUUGCAAAUUAAUCAUGGAUAAAUAUAUUUUACAAGGAACAUAUGUUGAA